UCCAAGUCUCUAACCAUCAGGCCACAGCUGCCCCCAGUCUCCAGUAACCAGUCUCUUAAGUAGACAUAUAUAUGAUACAUAAAUUAAAUCCACUUAUGGUCUGCAACAGAGGAGAUUAGCAUGUUUAAUUGCAGGGGAAGAAGACUAUUUUCAAAAAUAGUGGCCGGUUCCUUUAAAAAUCACUUCCAGUCAAAUAGAGUGUGUGAUGCUGCCACCUAUCCGUGAUGCAGCGAAACUGCAUGUGUGUUUUGUCACUCCAGCGCUAUGGCUGAACAGGAAGCGCCUGCACCUUUGAAAUCUCUCAACUCGUACGAUCCAACGUAUAUCUCUUUUAUUAAUAAAUCCAACGCGAAUGCCGAGGCCUGGUGGCUAAACUUCUCGGGGCAGCCGGUGUCUUACGGCGACAUACAACCGAUGAAAUCGCUUAAGAUGAACACUUUUCUGACUCAUCCGUGGAUCUUCAGAGCAUCAGACGGAGCUAAACUGCUGGCCAACCUCAAAGAAGUUUACUUUCCCACUCCAGCACAGUUUGAGGAGUACGGAUACCCACGGUACCAGCUCGUGGAUGUGACUGCACCAGUGUACUCAUUACAAGAAUACUGUACACGUUUGAUCAGGAGUAUGGUGAGAAAAGAAGAUAUCUGCAAGCUGGAAAUCCCCGAGGGUUUGAGAAAGGACCUCAGCCGUGAACCCGAUCUACUGAGAGACAUUCAGAUUUUAUCUGCCAAGAGAUCAAUAAAGCGUUUAAGCUGGAUGAAUUUCACUCAUGUAUGAUUUCAUGUUCAAAGCAGGCAGAAGCUUUCACUUUGAAUCUGAAAAAAAAACAGCACUUUGUUAUAUUUCCUCGACCAAUCAGAUUCGAGGAUAGCAACUAGCUGUUGUACAUGAAAGCAACAAAUAUGGGUU